AUGCCCCGCCUCCUCCUCGCCGCCGCCGCGGUCGCGUGCGUCCUCUUCGCGACGCCGCCGACCGCGCUCGCCGCGGAGCUCGAGUGCCCGACGAUCGACGUGGACACGCAGAACUCGGUCGCGGUCGCGUGCCUCGGCGACGACGAGGGCCUCUGCGGAGAGCAGUGCUUCUCCGCGAUACGCGACGCCGCGCUCGCGCGUUCCGACGACGUCGAGAUCGCGUGCGGAGACGGCCUCGACGACGUCCUCGAGCAGGUCAAGGGAUGCAUGAAGCGAGAGGCUGGGCUCGACUGGGUCGACUGCGACGGGAGAAACGUCCAGAGGAUCGUAGACUACGCGGACAAAAUCAAGUGCGAAGGCGGCGGCACGCUCGCGGAUAAGCUCGAGUGA